UUUUGGUUGCACAUUAAAGAUUGACUCCACAUAAUAAUAACGAGUGAUUUAAAGCAGAUAGCCGUGCAAGUACGUGGACACAAGAGAAAAAAAAAUAAAUAUAAAAAUAUUGGAAGUUACACUGCUGCACCGCUGGAAUUGGUCACUUUCCGAAGAUCGACUCGAGUCCAGCAAUGUGAAGUGAUUUAAAACAUGUCUAGUCGAAAUAGUGCAGAAGUGUCGGGCUCCCCCUCCCCAGCACUCAGUAGCAUUGGCAAUAAUGCACCAAAAUAUGGAACGUUAGUUCCAAACAGAGUUUUUGUGGGUGGGAUAUCAGCCAACACAACAGAACAAGACCUUUUGGACCUAUUCUCACAAUAUGGCGUUGUUAAGGCUACCAAGAUCAUUAGUGACCGAGCUGGGGUUUCCAAAGGAUAUGGAUUUGUCACUUUUGAAACGGAAGAAGAAGCCAGGCGACUCACACAGGAGGCUGACAACAUAAUGCUCAAGGAUAGGAAACUUAAUAUUGCUCCUGCCAUUAAGAAACAAGUUAGUGAUGUGGGCUACAUAAAGAACUACUCACCACGCCUAAUAGAUAGCAGCAGUAGUGUUGUAGGCAGUGGUGGAACAGUUUUCUUCACUAAUGGGGCUGGCUAUACCACAGUACCUGUCAUGGCUCCCACAGAGUACCACCCAACAUUCCCUCAAGCCACAGCUGCCGCUCCCACCUCACCCUCCGCCUAUCAGACUCUCAUCUACCCGCAGCCCAUGUACUACCCACAACAGUACCAGUAUCAACCAACGCAGCAAAUGAUGCAGCCACAGUGGGGAGCUGCCCCUCAGUGGCGAUGGAUCACCCCAACAUCCUACCAACAACCUGAGUGUAGUCCUCAGCAGUAUUUGGCUGAGCACAGCAGCCCAGCACCUGGGGAUCGUACCACAGCUUCUGCUACAGGAAGCCCCCCUUUCACCUCUACCUCCCUUACCCUGGGCUGUCCUUCCACUCCCACCACAGCCACUGCCACCACCACCGUCUGUGCCACCGUCAAAACUUUCUCCCCAACUGUGACCAAAACCACUGCCACCACAGCUGUAAGUGCCAAGGCUGGGAGAAGUCAAGAUUCAAACAUGCAAGUGAAGUCAGUACCUCUGCCAGCAAAACCUCGUCCAUUUAUUGGAUUGCCUAACGGGAAUCCCACACUCACCACAAAAACAACCUUUGGAGAUGAUAAUGAUUACAGUACAGAUGAGGAUAGCACUGUGGAUGGAAGAAGCAAUGGUACUUCUUCAAUUCCCUCUCCAACAUCUCACGCAGUGUCUUCCAGCCACAGCUGCAUAACCUUGAGCAGCAGCAGCAGUGGCAGCAGCAAGACCACCAAUACUGUUAUUGGAAGCUGCAGCAGCAACAGGAAUGGUUCUCCCUGUCCAAAGGUACCAAAGAACAGUGGUGGAACAAAGAAGAUAUUAGAGGAGGUUGGAAUAACUACGAUCGAACAGGAUCAUGGCUGCAACAGAAUGAUAAACCACACAUUGGAAAGAAAUAGGAAUCAGUCUGGAAAUAUGAACCAGAUGUUCCACAGUAUGGAAUACAGCACAGAUGUUCCCAGGGCUGGCAGCAACAUUCAUUCCAACAAGACGACAACCUGGGGUGGUUGGAUGCCAGCAACAGUUGGCAAAGAAACUACAUGGAGGCCAUAUGUUGGCCAUCCUGCACAGUACCCACAUCAGUACAAUGGCAGAACACCAUAUCCACAUCAGUAUAGUGGCAAAACACCGUACCAGUAUGGCAGCCCCAGCCAUCUCCAGACAGCUCACAUGACAACACCCCAGUCAUGGACACCCAUUGGCUACCCACUGAUUCUUCCUCACUCGCAGCCACACAGCCUCAGGAACAACUCAUCCACUUUCAGUCAUAACAUGAAUCAAACUCUUUUGUUGCCCCAGCCAGUGUAUUCUCCUCACAGCAAUCAUAUGUACAAUGGAACCCAACCUCCUCCUUUUUCUCAGUCACGACCUCCAACACAGGAUCACCAGACAGUGGAAACUUCCUCCAAGACACCCAAUGGCAAGCCCAUGGCAGCUCAAACAAAAGAUGGUAGUUCAUGUCCAAUUGCUUCUAGUAUUAGAAGAAGCAAUAGCACUAGUGGCACCCUUACCAAAACGACUCUGAGCAACAGGACCACCAGCCCCAUGAAUACUCCAUCCCCAGUAGUGAGCAAAGAGUCUUGCCCAACCUCACAUGCAGGAACUGGACUUAAUCAGACAGGUUAUGGAUGUGCCAACCAGCAGCACGUGAUGGUAAUGCCAUAUUGGCAGUAUAGUGGGUCAGUAGCACCAUAUUACAAUUGGGCAGCUCCUAUAGUAAUGCAGUGGCCAGUGUCACAGUCCCCUUCAACACCAAUGCAUUCUACUCCAAAUAAUAAUUCAAAUAUGGCAGCACAAGCUAAACCUAUGGAUAGUUGCCUCCCUCACACUGCUCUGACCUUCACACCCCUGAAUGAGAGGCACAGUACCACCACCAGUCCCCAGGUGAUGACUUCUAAAUUUGGAGAAAUGCACAGUCCUGCCAACAACUCAAGUUUCAGGUCUGGCAGGGGUGGCCACACGAACACGAGCUAUAGCAGGAACCGUCCUUAUUACAGUCAAGCAUUUCACACAUCACCAUAUUACUCCAGUCCAGAAAUGGUUUGUAAGCAGCAACCAGAGCAGAAGAAAAUGGAGCAUCCUAAGACAUCUCUUUCUAGCUUUCCACUUGCAACAAUGUCUCCCUGCAAGUUUCCCAAACCAGUUGCUCCAGGCUAUUCUCAGACUGUGCCUACACAGAAAGGUGUUGGUUUCAGUGGUGGUGGUGGGGUCAGUUCAGCCAAACUUGUUGAGCAAGAAGACCAAUGCACAACCGUACCCAUGACUCCUCCCCCAACUCCUCUCCCUGACCCUGAAGAAAUAAGUGAUGCUGUUGCAAAUUUGAAUACAUCCUGAAAACGUUGAAUAUGCAAUUGUUCUUUUGUAAGUGAAUAUUGAAAAUGUAAUGAGAUACUUAAGGAAUUAUUCAGCAAAAGUGACAAGUGGAAGGUAUGAAGGUGGCAGAAGUUACCUAUGGAUAAAUGUUUUGAUUGUGUUCAUUAUCAUAAGUGCUUUCAGAACCAGAGAUCUGUGGUUGUGUCCAAAGGUAAAUGUAUUGUGGCUUUAGUGAUUGUGCCAAAGUCUUCCCCUUUUGUCCUCCUGUCACUCUUGGCCUAAUGUGAACCACUCUUGAUCUUCCUUCUCGCAUUGUUUACAGCAUAUUAUACAUGUUUAUAGGUGCUUGGGCCACCAGGAGCUGUUACAAUUUGCUCAUAUCUGUAAUGUGAUACUUUGUUGAUUGUUUUAUCAUUUUCCAUUAUGCCUAUGAAAGCUCCAUGUCUUCUUUUUUUUUCACUAUGUACAUUAAGGGUUUUCAGAGUUUGAAGAAUUAGAUGUAUUGAGGCAAUGGGUACUACAUAGCCACCCCUUGCAUUGUUAUAAGAUUAUCUUUAUUAAGUAAACCUGUGGUCACUCUGAUGAUAGAACACUUAUUAAAUUAUUGAUUUUUCACCUUAUGGUGUGAAGACAGUGGAAGGGGGAGAGAGGUGUGAAAAAAAAAAGUAAUUCCUCAUCUACAAGGCAGAGAUUUGCAUGUACUCUGCUGGGAUGAUGGCAUUAUAGAAAAAAAAAAUAGAAGAAUUAAAUUUAAAAGUAAAUAUUAACUUAGUUAUAAUGACUAAUGUAAGUAUGGUCAGUUUUCUUUAUGCAGAUAUUUGUUUCUUACCUUGAUCACGCCUUGUUUCCUCUGGAAUACAUACUGUAAGUAUUUUCUUAUAGAGGAUGCUGGCCUGGGGAGGGAAGCUAGCACUGAGGCAGUGGAAAUAAUCAUGCUAUCUCCCUAUACCUAUGGAACAAAAAUAUUUGGGAACUCCAGUAUUUUAAUCCAGUUUGGUGAGAGUAAAUUCAAAUUUAUUUCAAGGAAAGGAUCCUAAUUUUCCAUUUUUGUAUUAUAUUUGAUCAAUCAUCGAAUGUUGAAAAUUAGAUGUAUGAUCAGUCAUCAGAUAUUAAAAAUUAUAUACAUAUGUGAUCAGUCAUCAGAUCUUGAUAAUUGAUUAUUGAAUUUGAGAUUCUGUAUCAAAUGAAAAUUGUCUGCAUAAUUUGAAUCCCUGUAGCGGGAACUUAGUGUUAACUAUGCUCACAGUUGUGGCCAUCUUCAUAAGUUAAAACGUAUGUGAACUAUCUACCACUUACAGGAUAGGUCGUAGAUAUGUUUAUUACCCUUUGUCAUACUGCUCACUGACUUGAGAGGUUAACAGUGCUAAUUGGCAGAGGCAACCAAAGAUAAGCUGAAGGCUUGAACAGGAUUUUUUUUUUUUUUUUUUUUUUUUUUUCUCCAUAUAUUCCAAUGAUGAGAAGUUUUGUUGUAGACCUAAUUUUAGUAACUAUUAUUUUUUUUUUUUUUUUCUUGGAGAAUUUUUACUUCAGAGGUGAGCCAACUUUUAGGUUUUGUGGCAUAGCCAUAAAGCUUGAGUUACAGAAAGUAGGUCUUUUUAUGAUAGUGUACACAAGUUUCUAAACAUUAUGUUCAGUAUGUUUUUUAAUGGAAAUUCAGCAUGCAGUUAUUUUGCAGAAUCAUAACCAAUUCAAGUUUCUGUGUGUGGUAUGAUGAAAGCAAAAUAUUUUUAUAAGGCACUCUGCAAUGCAUGAGCCACGCUUGCUGAGGAGGAGGGAGGCAACCGCUCUUGCUGGUUGAAAACAAUCUGCAUUAGUGUUAUUUUUCCUCCCAGUAUAUUCUCAGUGCAAUAAUUUCUAUUUUAUAUAUGUUUUAAGCAGAGAGCUAUCAAAAUUAUAUUUAUUUCUAUUUAUACUUAAGCAUAUCAGUCUUUAAAUAUUCCCUAUUGGUUGUGAGUCAGUGUAGGCUAAAGUGGUGGUGAUUAGAAUUAAGUAUGUGCAGAGUGGUGUUUGUGGAAUUUCCUUGGUGCUUCUGGAGUCUUGCCUGAUCCACUCCAGUAGUUUCUUUACUAUGAUUCUUUGUAUGUGUUUUCAGUAUAGUUUAGGGGGGGAAUUGACUGUUUGUAGUGAGCUGUUAACUAAGUUAAAGUGUAAAACAAUACCCUACCUUAUUUGCAGAAUGAUGUGAUACAAGUGCAAUAAAUAAAUGAUCAUGUAGGAAGUUAAUACCAGUAUAGCCAUUUCAUACUAGUGAAGAAAGCUAUCAUGAUGAAAGAUGGUACAUGAUGAAGUAUAGACAGUAGACAGAAAAUAUUUUGUCAUUAGGUACUAGAGUUAUAAAGCAGUCUGCUCAAUAUAUUAAAAAGAUACAAAUUAAGAAUGUCUGAGGCCUUUGAGUCCACAACUGAAACUUUUGGUCAAUAAUGUUCAAUCUCAGAUUGUUAAACAGUGAAAUAGAGAAAGUUUCUUAGUGAUUGUGAUGUGCAAAUCCUCUUUAGGAAAUCUGUGGAAUAAAAGUAAGUGCCUGUGGAGCAAGAAAGCUAGUCGGUUGUACUUUCCUGUGUGAGUAAAUUCAUCAUCAAU